CAGAGAGGUCUGGACUCUCAUCCUCCUAAGAGCUCAAAUCAACUCACUGGCUGCCCAGAAUCAAUGGACAGAGUUUGGAUUUUGUUACUGCUGACACUCGCCUUGGCAGAGUCCUCUGUUAAUCCAAGAGGACUGGUUUGGAACUUAAAAAACGGGGAGCUGUGUUUGCACAGCCAACAGUGCAACAGCCGCUGCUGUCACCGCACCGAUGGAUUGAGUUUUGCUCGCUGCGCAGACAAAGCAGCUGAAAACCAAAAGUGUUCCCCAAAGAGUCUAUAUGGAGUUUACUACAAGUGUCCUUGUGAGAAAGGCUUAGUCUGUGAUGUUGACCAGACCAUCGUGGGAAGUAUUAUCAACUCUGACUUCGGCAUUUGCAAGGACCCAUCAAAUACAAUCAGCAGUGAAUAAGAAAGAAAGAAAAAAUUAUGGUGGAUAGAUUUACCCCAGAUCCUUUAAAUAGCCAAGCAGCUAUUAUUACUUUCCUGACAAAACAAAUUCCUGUGCUUUUACAUACUGCGCCAAACCAACUUGCAAUUUGUUUACUUAAACUUCAGUUAGGUUCAAACAUUUUUCUCAUCCACCCUACCCAAAAUAAGACCUUGCCGUAGACUUUUUGUAUAUUUGGAAUUGUAUCAGCAAGUGAUAAUAUCUGGCUGACUAUGGUUAGGCUUGGAACCAAACCCAGGAUGGGGCUGCUAGUGCUUGGAGUAGAGACCACUAGGUAAUAUUGCCCUGGCUGUAGGCUAGACUGAGAAGUUGAAGCAAUAUCCUGACAAAGUACUUGCACAAAGAGGUGUGAAGAUAUACUUUCAAAAUGUAUGUAGAACCUGUUAUUGCUAGGCUUUUUGCUGCAAAGAAAACUUACCAUAAUCAGCAAAGGAUUUUGGGGGGGGGGAUUAAGAUUGUGGUUCCCACUCCAUUCUGGUGGUCUAGCAAUGUAAUGGACUCUAAUAUCUUCUCCCUAAGGAGCUUCCCAAUUUUAUCUUCACAACAGCAAUGCGAGGCCAGCUGGGGUGAGGGAUAGCAAGUGAUUAGGUCAAAAACAAAAUCAUGGCUGACUGGAGUGUCCAGAUGCAAGGUACAGUUCAAAGGUAUCACUAAUAUCUCCUCCAAAUCAAGCUGGCCCCUGGUGGUUUCAUGGACAGGUCUAUGCAUGUUUCUUUGCAGCAACAUGAAGAAGUUUGCUAUUGUCUUCUUUGGGAUAUUUUUUCAACUUCCCAGCCUAGUUGACAGCUUUGGUAUGAUCCGCAGGAGUAGUGACCCUGCUUAGCUUCCAAGACCGGACAAGAUCUCCAACGACCACCGUGUCAAACACGCAGGACUAAACUCAAUGACCAUAUAUUUACCACAAACCAGUAUUGGCUGUCUAUCUACCUGCACUUCACUGUUUAUAUUUGUCUUAUCUAUUUCCUAUAUUCUUAGGAAAAUAUGGAAUGAAAAAAGAAAAAAAUAGCAUGGACCAGAACUGUCUGCCCCAAAUCUCCUCUUUGAUGAAGCCUAUCUUUAUAUCUUUAUAAUGAGCCAGGCCCUUACAUUUCCUCUGCACUCUUUUCACUCUGAUCAUGCAUCUCUCUGCUUUCCCACUGCUCUGCUCUAUCUUCCAGCAGGUUAAUAUUCAGUAUAUACAGGCUAUAGCAAAGGUCAGGCCCCACAGGCCAACCCAGUAUGGUUUGUUUCCAGAGAAAAUGUCCUUAUAUUAGGGACGUUCAAAGGUCAUACAUCAAACGAGUAAGGUCGGGCUUAGAAGAAAACAGCAACCCAUUUGGACAUUUAAUAAAAUGUAUACAAUAAAUUGUCGAUGGGGCCUGACUUUUGGUAUGCCCUCUGUGCCCGCCUGCCCGUCCAUCUACCACCUCCUUCCCUACCUAUCUAUCUACCACAACGUGUCCUAGUUUGAGUCAUUUGAAGUUGCCGUUCUGAGCUGUUCUAUCUUUUGUGGAUGACGUCUGGAUGAGAAUUAAUAAAAGUAUCAAAUGCUUUUCA